AUGCAAUCCAGUAAAGAUGGACGGCCAUGGCAAGCUUAUAUUUCAUCAAGUCGGAAAGGUUUUAAAGGCAUUAGAAGAAUAGCUGAAUGCAAAGUUUCUCAUGUAUGCAACAAUAUACAAUGCCCUUAUAUGCAACAAUUCAAAACUUUUAACACCGUUCAGUUUGAGUCAUCGGGUGGUAAGCGAGUUUGUUCGUGUUGUGGUUAUGCUGCUGACCAUACUCCAUGCGAAGCAAGAAAAAUGUGGGAGUUUGAGAAUGGUGACUAUGCAACUACUGUUAUUAUUUAUCACGAGGGAACGCAUUCCUGCACAGCAGUUAGACCAAAACGCUCAGCAGAUGAAUAUGUCAAAUCUGUCCUUAAAGAAAACAAACACAUGACACCUGGCCAGUUGCCAAUCCACAUCAUAAUCAAGAUGAUAGACGACGGGAGUGACUGGAGUGAGAUUACAAAUAAAGCACGCGAAUUUACCGAUGUAGAAACGUUGUCAAAGUUAAAAAGUGCUAUGAAGAAACAAAUGAAUCCGCAUGGACACAGUUUCGACGCUGUUACUAAACUACGAGAAAAAACCAUAGAAAAGGAUCGUUUUUACUUAUAUUGUUUAAUAAUAGAGAAAUGA